UUUAAUGGACAAAUAUAAAUAUAUAUAUAUAUAUAUAUAUAUGUAUUAAAGCAGGAAGCAAUAACAGCAAAGUGCAAAACACCACCAAACUCAGAAAUGGGUAGGUCGAGAAGAAGAGAGCAAGAGCAAACACAAACGCUCCUCCUUCUGAUUACACCACUCCUUCUACUACCCACACCCACCUCAGGCGCAGACAACACAAACCUCAUCUACAAAGGCUGCGCCGACCAGAAGCUGCAAGACCCAUCAAGCUUGAAACCCCUUUUGGCCUCUCUUGUGUCCGAGUCAGCGCAAAAGCCCUUCGCCACCGCCACCCAGAACGCCCUCACCGCCGCCUACCAAUGCCGCGGCGACCUCUCCAACGCCGACUGCUCCGCCUGCGUCGCCAGGAUCCCCGCCAUGCUCCCCUCCCUCUGCGGCGCCGACGUCGCCGCCGCCCGCGUCCAGCUCGGCGGCUGCUACCUCCGCUACGAGGCCGUGGGCUUCAAGCAGGUCCCCGCCACGCAGCUGCUCUACAAAGUGUGCGGGUCCCGGCGGCUCUCCGACGGCGCGGGCUUGGAGGCGCGGAGGGAGGCGGCGUUCGAGAUGGCGGAGAACGGCGUGCAGAGCAGCGGCGCGUUGUUCUACACGGGAAGUUACGAGAGUUUGUACGUGUUGGCCCAGUGCGAGGGUGAUUUGGGAAAUGCGGAUUGCGGGGAUUGUAUCAGGAGUGCUGCGGACCAGGCUAAGGCUCAGUGCGGUCGCGCUAUUUCCGCGCAGACUUAUCUCCACGCUUGUUAUGUUAGUUAUAGCUUCUACCCUAAUGGAGUUCCCACUGCCGCAUCGUCUUCGCCGAGAGCAGGGGAAGGGGGGCAUGAGCACACGGAGAGGACGGUGGCGCUUGCGGUGGGAGGCGUGGCGGCGUUGGGGUUCUUGAUUGCUUGUAUGUUAUUUGUGAAGUCGGCGUUGAAGAAAAGAGGUGGGAAGCGUUGAGGGAUGUUUGGAUUUUGUAUAUAUAGAUAGAUAGAUGAGUUUUUUUGUGUUUGUUAUUAGGUGAAGUGAAUAUACCUUUGUCUUUGUAUAGUUGUGGUGAGAGGAAAGGGGAAAGGGGAAAGGAUAAAUUAAGUGAGGUGUGAAACAGAAGUUUUAUUGGGUGAUGUGGUGGAGAUUUGUGUCCCCACUGGACAUGGUCAUUGCCUUUGCCUUUGCCUUUGCCUUUGCCAUGCAUAUCCUCUCCUCUCCCUACUCUUGCAUCAUCUGCAUCUCAUACCACCAAUUGAAGGUAAAAUGUACAAAUUCAUGAUGUAACCUCUUUAUAUAUGUUCUCAUCAAUUAUUACCACCCUUCAAAUCUUA